GCCCCGGCGUCGGCGGCGAGGGAGAGUCGGUCUUCAGGCGCAGAGACACACGCGACACGGUGUAUAUGGAGGCGGCGCUCCACUUCAAGCCAUCGGCGAACACGCCGAUAACGACCACCAAAGCGCUCGACGAUGAUAUGGAUGAUGUGGAGGUAGGGUCGUUGCCGGUCGGCGUCGAGGCGUGCCUCGCAGUGCGCCGCCGCAAUGACGACGACAGGAGGAGGGUCGAGCAGCUCUCGCGCCAGCUUGAUGAGAAAGGGAAGGAGGUCAACGAGUACGACUUUGAAAUACAAAGCCCGAUGCCUCCGCGCGCCGGUCGCCGGCGUAAGAGCGACUCCAAAAAGGCAGCGCCGGCAAAUGGUGUCGGUUUUCCGCCGGCACUGACUGACGGCGUCGGUUUUCCGCCGGCCGGCAGUGCGACGCCGGGCUGGCUCGCGAAGGCUGAGACCGCGCUCGAGGCAGUGCUCGCCGAGGACGCUGAGUCGGCGCCCGUCUCGCGAUCGCAUUCUGUGGCCUCUCUUGUGGACGCGAUCGAGGUGGAGAGGCAGAUGGACGUCGAGGUUGUCCUCGUUGACACGAUCACGGCGGAGCUGGCCUUGUCCGAUCGCAGCGCCGGACAGGACGACGGGUCAAACGACGCGGGCCGCGCCGAGCACGAGCAGCGGCGGCGCGAGGCCGCGCGUGGACGGUGGGGCGGCUGGCGCCUCUUUGCGCGCUCGCCCACCUCGUUUGAGCGCUUCGGCGAGCAGCCACACGCUGUCGACGAGGCCGCGGCGGACGGCGAGCAGCGCCAGCAGCCCAUGGAGCCGCCGGAGGGCGGGCAGCUUGAUGGCGCCCCGCCCAUUCGGCGCGCUCCGACGUGGAUGCCUCCUCUGAUGGCGAAGGAGGGCGGGGACGCCCCACGCGCCUGGCCCGGCACGUGGCUGCGAGAUCUCUUUGCCCAGCUGAAGGGGCGCGCCCUGCUGCUCGUGGCGCUGCUCCUCUUCCAGUCCGCCUCCUCCGUCGUCCUCCGCCGGUACGAGUCGCUCCUCGACCGCCACCCGACCCUCAUCGCCUUCCUUACCAUGCUCGUCGGCGCGGGCGGCAACGCGGGCAACCAGGCGGCCGUCCUCGUCAUCCGCGGCCUCGCCACCGGCGCAACGCGCCGCGCCUCGAUGGGCAGCCUCCUCCUCUCCGAGCUGCGCGUCGGGCUCUGCAUCGCCGCACUCCUCGCGGCGCUGAGCUACUGGCGCGUCGACUACUUCCUGCCCGACGACGCGCCGCACGCCCACCUCGAGUCCGCCACAGUCGCAACCUCGGCCUUUUGCAUCGUCGCGAUCGCCGUCGUCGUCGGCGCCGCGCUGCCGAUGGGGCUCUACCUCGUGCGGCUCGACCCGGCGCACGCGGGAGCAACCAUCCAGGUGGUCAUGGACAUCGUGGGCGUGCUGAUCACUUGCUUCGUCGGCUCGCGACUCCUCUCCAGCCACGCUGACGAGGUUGCCGCCCAGGGCGGGCGGGCGGGCGGGCGCUUGCUGGGCCUCUCCCACGGCGCCGCCGCCCCCGGCGCGCUGCCCUUCGACUUGGCGGAGCCCGCGCCGCCGUGCAGCUACACGCCGCAGGGCGAGGAGGCGGAGGCGGCGUUUGAGGCGGCGGUCGUGCGCGAAGCACAGCGGCGGGCGGUGGCACUGAUCGCCGCCCUCGCGCAGCAGCGCUAGAAAGGUAGGAGGACUAUUCACGAAAAUCACAACCCCAGCCACCAAGAGCUCGCUCCCGGAUGGCGGCAAGCGACUGCGCGUGUCUUCUGUCUAUGAAGCCUUCCAUGUCGAUGC